AACUCCUUGCUGCCUCUGUCGUUCGCAUUUUGUAAAUAAAAUCACUCACUAACCCCUCAAUCGACUCGAAUUCGAAAUCAAGAGAAGAGCCCAGCUUGGAUCCGGCUUGAAACACACACGCGACCGCCUAAUUUCGUCACAAUGACCUUCUGGAACCAAGGCAAGGCCCUGGGCAGGUGGGCGCUGCGUGCCUUUUCAUCGGCGACGCGGUCCUCGAGGUCGGCGACGCCGAAGACCGUGUUCAUCUCGCAGUCGGACGACAUCUUCGCCAACCUGGCCCUGGAGGACUGGCUGUACAGACACCACGACUUCUCGCAGCACCGCAUCCUGCUGCUCUGGCGCAACGGACCCGCCGUGGUCGUCGGAAGACACCAGAACCCCUGGAAGGAGACGCACGUCGGCGCCCUGCACGACAAGCAGGUGGUGCUGGCACGCAGGAACAGCGGCGGCGGCGCCGUCUACCACGACCAAGGCAACCUCAACCUCUCCUUCCUCACCUCCAGGGAAGGCUACAACCGCAGGACCAACUUGACCGUCGUCGCCAACGCGCUCCGCAGGGAAUUCGGCCUCGAGGCCACCGUCAAUGACCGCGAUGACUUGGUUCUCAACGGCAACUACAAAAUCUCCGGAACCGCUGCGAAACUGGGCCGCCCGAAUGCAUACCACCACUGCACUCUGCUGGCCGACGUUGACCUAGACAACAUGAAGGGCAUCCUCAACUCUGAUGACUGUGGAAUCGAGACGAAGGCGACGGACAGCGUGCGUUCGCCGGUUUGCAACCUGUCCAGCAUGCAUCCGGGUCUGAACGUGGCCAGUCUGAUGGGCGCCGUUGGACGCGAGUUCCUUCGCUCCGACGACCGCGGCGUCGACCUCGGCAAGUCGGCCAUCUCUCGCCAGCUCGGCUUCACCCUUGUCAACCCCACCGACGAUUGGUUCCCAGGCUUGGAAAAGAGUCGCGCCGAGCUGGCCAGCUGGGGCUGGCGCUUUGGCAGGACGCCCGACUUCACGGUGAGGCGCGAGUUCGCGGUGCCACGCGAGAUGUGCGUGACCGAGGGAGCCAAGCUGCAGGUGCAGAUGCGCGUCGUCAAGGGCCGCGUUGCCUCGAUGAGCGUCACCGUGCCCCCGGGCUUCGUGUCGAACGCGCCCGAGGGCGAGGUCGCCGUCCUCUCGGGCCUCGAGGGCCAGAAGUUCUCCGAGGAGGCGGUCGGCCUGGUCGAGGCCGCCUUCGCCAAGAAGGACAAGUCGGACAAGAAGAAGCGUUUCGUUGCCGAAUGCGUCCGCCGCGUCGUCCAGUGACGCCCCUCGCCUAAACAAUAAACAGGCUGUCAAAACGGGAUGAACGGGAGAGUUUUAGAGUUGAUCACUUAGAAAGCUGGCUGGAAAUUGUGAGGAGAAAGUGGGCCUUAUUUUUUCGGCCGGUGGGAGUUGGACUUAAUUAUCAACGACGGAGCAAACAAUUUAUUUGGCUGCAUUUUAUUGAAUGCAUCCGGCUCAGUAUUUUCCAACGUAACAGUCUCGAAAUUCCCGCCAGACUUUCGUCAUGGCUAAAUUCACCACUUUUUCCCACUCUUUCAAUUCGCACCAUCGCAGAGUUAAAAAAACUGCAAUAUUUUUCAAAAGAAAACAAAUUGUGAGAAAAUAUUUCCCCCAUUUUUUUGUGUUAUUAUUAUCAGCUUAAAUUUGUUGACUAAAAUAUGUGUUAAAAAAACUUCCAGAAAUUAAAAAUCAAAAGAGCGUGUUUUUUAUUUGAAUUGGAGUAUUGUGUUUUGAAAUACCUUCUGGAAAAUGAGCUGAACCAGCAAAAUAUUUAUGCAUCCCGUUUGAGCCCCGAUUUGUAGCUCUGUGAAAUAGGCUCACCAAACUCGUUUUAAAAGAAUAAAACUCAUGAUCAGAAACCCUUUCGGUCCAGAUUUCGAGUCUGGUGAACGGGCGAGGCGAGCGAAAGCAAAUUAACCGGGCCGGGCUCUCCUCUCUUUCUCUAUUGCUUCCACUAAUAACCCUGCUAGCUGCUCAACUAAUUUUUCGCAAGUGACGAGCAAACGCAGACAGACCAAAUGUGGAUGUGCUCGAAGAAAUUGUACCAUGCAAACGAUUAGCCGCACAAUAAUUAUUAUUACAAUCCCUGCUUUGCAACCCUUUCUCUUCUAGAUUCGUUCGAUUCUUAUGUUAAGUCUUAAUUAAUAUCUGUUUUAUUAUCACGUGAAUAUGUUAGCGAACGUUUUAACAAGAAUGUAACCAUAUCAAUACGUUGCGCGGGCGGCGCUGACGAUAGCGCCUGCCCGUUUUAUAGUCUUGUUUGUGCUCUGUCGUUUCUCGUUUGGAUUUUGCACAAUAAGCUUCGAACACACACACACAAUUACAAUCACUGCAGGCUUAAAAUUUUGUAACCAGAGACUGAUACGGCGCUUCUUGUUCGAACUUCUUAUUAUUUUCUUUGAAUUAGAAUUACGCGCGUUUUUCUGCGUCUAUAUGGUGCUUGUUUGUUCCCUCAUUGUAACUUGCUUCAUUUGUACUAUGGAGUGUUCCGAUUUUUACUUAAAAGUGACGUGUGCUGAAAACGAAUAAAGAAACACACAAGUAUACGCAA